CUCUUCCUUGGGUCAUACUCAUAGAUAGAGCUGCAACCCACAUUCUUAUAACCAUUUAAGUGGGUCCAAAAUCUCCUCUGUGAUGUGGGACUGAAGUAUCUAAUGUACCCUGUGAUAGAUUCUUCCUGUGCCAUCUACCUACAUGCAAGGGCCCAGUUAUUUAAGGAGCGGAUACAACAACUAAAAGUGAAGGAGAGAAUGUUAUUAGAAGACAAUGGGCAGUUAUGUGAAAAGUGUGGGGCUCGUGGAAAGCCAUGGCAAUGACCACUAACCCAACAAAGGAAUGCAAUAAAUGAUAGUGCCCAAAAUAACCAAUGUUCGGAAGUUGUGACGGAAUUGUUCAUUGGUCUGCCACAAAAUCGUUAAAUAUCAAAUGGCAGAAUUAAUUUUUAGUUGAAAUUAUUGUUUUGCUCCAAAUAUGUUGUAUGAUUGAUGUAUGUGGUUAGUUAGUUCACUAUUUUUCACUUAAUAUUUUCUACUCUAGAUGUACAUGAUCUAAAUGUAAAUAUUUUAUCUGGUGUAAGAAUACCAUAAAAAUAUAUAGUGAAGAUGUUG